AGUUUCAUCGGGCUCAGAAUAAUCAAAGCGGAUCCGGACAAUUUACUUGGAGGCUCCAUACCCAGUACGGUGGCAAUUAAGCUUAAAACGACGUAGUAUUUCUCUGGCCACACCACCCACCACUUCCGUUCUUCGCUAGUACAGUCUCACUCGCUGAGAAACAUAUGGUUGGUUAAACUGGGUGAAGAGACUUUGGCGAUGAGAUAAUAAUGGUUUGGAUAAGAUAUUGCUUGGUUUUUGUACAGCCCACUUCAUAUUUUUUCAGCUAAAAUGUUGGUCCUGAUUCAGGUUUCGUUCUUCUCACUUUGAAGUUUAAGCUCUCUGGUUCUGUCUUUGAUUGUAAAUUUUUUAAUUUUGUUUGUUUCUAUUCAAUACAAUGUGCACUAACUUGGCAAAGAGCCAAGCAUUUCCCUUGGCUUUAAUGGUUUCUACACGACCCAGUUGUUUUAAACUAUUCUGUGCAUCGAAGUCUCAGUCUUUAUCAAUUGGGUCUCCACCAAAACCCUCAAUAAACCCUAUCCGGCUCAACCUCACAAUUCCCCCUUCUGGGUUUGGUCACAAAAUAUAUGGGGAUUCCCGUUUGGAUAAAGCUUUGAACUUUUUAACUGACUCGCGAUAUAGGAUAGUAGAAACUAGCAAUAUAGGAAAACCCAGGAAUGUCUCAGCUGGGUUUCGGCUUAAAUGUGCUACGCAUUUUUGGCCUUUGGUAAGAGUAAGAAAUUUUUCGAAUUCGUCUAUUGAGAAGGUUAGUAGAAGGAGUACUGUAGUAAGAGCUGGAAAGCCACUUCCUUGGUUAGCAUCAAAUAAAGCUAAGACUAAGGAAGCAAAAUGGUCGGACAAAGCAAAAACUCCAAAGACUAGUAGUUCUUCUUGGGAGGAAUCCGCUAAAGUGAGCAGAGAAGCUUCUUGGGAGGAAUCAGCAAAGAGGUUAGAUAGAGAGAAUAGUAGGUCCUCUUGGGGGGAAUCUGCAAAAAGAUUAGGGAAAGAAAAAAUUAUUAAAAAUGGUCAUUAUGUUGAUAAGGAAAGUGGACCAUCAGUGAAGGGCAGUACAGAAAGUAGGAAAGAAAUGAUAGGUGUGGAUGAAGAUGAUCGAAGUGAUUAUGUCCUCAGGGAAAAGGAAUUUGAAGAAGGAACUGGAGGGGAAGACGAAGAAGAUAUUGAGGUUGUUAAAGAUCCGAGAUGGAGUAAAAUUAAGAAUAGGUUCAGGGGAUUGGUGGAUGUAAAAGAUGGACAUGAGAAGCCAGAGUUUCGAAGGUGGAAUAAACAGGAAAACUGGGGCAGAAGGACAUGGAAAGAGGCUACUGAAUCGACUGUGCCUAAGAUGAUUGGUGAAGGGGUUUAUGGGGUUGGUCCAGUUUUGGCUGCUUUGUCAGCAGGGAGAAGAGAAUUUUAUGCAUUAUAUGUCCAGGAAGGAAUUGAUUUGAGUAAUAAUAAUAGGAAGAAAAAGGACAAGAAGGGGUUUGAGAAGGUUUUGAGGAAGGCAGAAAAAAUUGGGUUAAGCAUAAAGGAAGUGUCAAAGCAUGAUCUCAAUAUGGUGGCUGAUAAUAGACCCCAUCAAGGUCUGGUGUUAGAUGCUUCUCCAUUGGAGAUGGUAAAGAUAAUGGAACUGGAUCCUGUUUCAGUUGAGGAAGAUAAGGGAUCUCUUUGGGUAGCUUUGGAUGAGGUUACAGAUCCUCAGAACUUGGGGGCAAUCAUCAGGUCUGCUUACUUCUUUGGAGCUUCAGGAGUGGUCUUAUGUGCAAAGAAUUCAGCACCAUUGAGUGGUGUUGUGAGCAAAGCCAGUGCAGGUUCACUUGAACUAAUGGAGCUCCGAUAUUGUAAAAAUAUGAUGCAGUUCUUAACAUCGUCAGCUGAAAAUGGUUGGUGCGUUCUUGGAGGUUCUGUAUCUCCAAAAUCUAUGCCCGUGAAUGAGAUUGUGCCUGGUGCACCAACAAUUCUGGUUUUGGGUAGCGAGGGAACUGGGUUGAGGCCCUUAGUGGAAAGAUCAUGUACUCAGUUGAUUCGGAUCCCUGGGAAUAUUCCCGUGGACAUAGUUACAGGUGGAACUGAACAUGCAGAGGACGCAGGAAAAGAUUCUGGAUGCUCAACUGAAGAAUUUCAGUCAUUUUUGGCCGUAGAAAGCUUAAAUGUUAGUGUUGCAGCUGGUGUGCUUCUUCACCACUUAACUGGACACAAGUACAAGAAUGAUACUGGCACAGUUGGUCAGCAAACUAAUGCAUUUGAAUGAGGUUCCAUAGCCCAUGCAUUGAAUACUUUGCCUAGGUUUUUUAUUUCUUUUACGAUUUAGAACUUGUACAAUUUCUAUCAGCAGAGGUGAAGUAGCCGAGUAGCUUAUAAUUUUGAAUUUUUCCUUUUUACCUCACCUUUUUAGUGGAAACAUGUAUGAUGAAAUUUAUGAUUUUGGUGAUAAGUGUUAAUAAUGCGCUUGGAUGA